AAAGCCACCCAGAAAAUUCCAAACCCUCUCUCUCUCUCUCUCACCUCCGUCUCUGCGCGCAUGAUCGCAAUAGUGUUCCACUAUCCGCCGCCCGUGACUCUAAUGGUCCGUGACUGUAAUCCAUUUUCAUUUUCAAUUAAUUAGUUUCCAUAAACACACACACACACCUAUACAUAUAUAUAUAAACACAUCCUUAUCCAAUGCCUUCGUCGAAACCACUCCACCAUCCUCUCUUCUCCUCCGCCAAAUCUCACCGGAGAAAACUCCCAAUCCGCUGCUUCUGCCUCCUAAUCGCCGCCAUGUCCUCCAUCCUCAUCCUCCUCAUCUCUCUCUUCCUCCUCGCCUCCCCAUCUUCCUCCGCCGCUCAGAUCCGUCUCGCCUGCAAGGCCACUCGCUACCCAGACCAAUGCGUCACUUCCCUAUCCGAACCGGGCCGGGUCCCUCCGGAUCCGAGCCCGUCUCAGAUCAUCCACUCAGCGAUCUCGGCCUCUUCCCAAACCCUCGAAACCGCCCAGUCGAAAGUGAAGUCUAUCCUGGACGCGUCCGCAGGGAAUCUCGACCGCACCAACGCCGCGAACACGUGCCUCCAGCUGCUCUCUUACUCCGAGCGACGCACCCGAUCGACGGAUCAGGCCCUGACACGUGGCGAAAUGAAAAACGCUCGCGCUUGGCUGAGCGCUGCGCUCGUGUACCAGUACGACACGUGGUCGGCCCUCAAGUACGUCAACGACACUAAACAAGUCGGCCAAACGAUGUCGUUUGUGGACGGGCUUAUCCACGUCACCAGCAACGCGCUGAGCAUGAUGUCGUCGUACGAUAAUUUCGGAGACAACGUCGCGUCGUGGACUCCUCCGAGGACGGAGCGUGACGGGUUUUGGGAGAAGACUGGGCCGGGCCUGGGCUCGGAGGCUAAUUUGGGCUUCCCCUCCGGUUUAAAAGAAGACGCUACGGUUUGUAAAACCGGGAAAUGCGGUUACAAGACGGUUCAGGAGGCCGUUAACGCGGCGCCAGAAGAUAACGGAGCGGUUAAGUUCGUUAUAAAGAUCAGCGAAGGAGUGUACGAGGAGACCGUUAGAGUUCCGUUUGAGAAAAGAAACGUUGUCUUUAUUGGAGACGGUAUGGGCAAAACGGUCAUUACGGGAUCGUUGAACGCCGGUAUGCCUGGGAUCACCACGUACAACACUGCCACUGUCGGAGUGGUAGGAGAUGGGUUCAUGGCACGUGAUCUAACGUUCCAGAACACAGCGGGACCAGACGCUCACCAAGCUGUAGCCUUUAGAUCCGACAGUGAUUUUUCUCUGCUCGAGAACUGUGAGUUUCUUGGGAACCAAGACACACUCUACGCACAUGGACUUCGUCAGUUCUACAAAAAAUGUCGUAUCCAAGGAAACGUCGACUUCAUCUUCGGAAACUCAGCUUCUGUGUUUCAAGACUGCGAGAUCCUAAUCGCGCCGCGUCAACUUAAACCCGAGAAGGGCGAGAAAAACGCCGUGACUGCCCAAGGGAGAGUGGACCCGUCACAGUCAACGGGGUUCGUGUUCUUGAACUGUUUGAUAAACGGAACAGAGGAGUACAUGAAGCUGUAUAAAGCUAAGCCCAAAGUGCAUAAGAACUACUUGGGGAGGCCUUGGAAAGAGUUCUCUAGGACUGUGUUUAUAGGCUGUGAUUUAGAGGCUUUGAUUAUUCCUGAUGGGUGGUUACCGUGGACCGGGGAGUUCGCGCUCAAGACUCUGUAUUAUGGUGAAUCUAAGAACACGGGUCAGGGAGCUGAUAGGUCUAAAAGGGUUUCAUGGAGCAGUGAGAUUCCGGACGAGCAUGUUCGUGUGUACUCGGUGGCUAACUUUAUUCAAGCCGAUGAGUGGGCGAUGUCUGGUUGAAUCAUGUUAAGACUAAAAAAAGUGUUAUAAGGAGAAAACCACCUCAUUGUACCUUAGUUGAGAUAGUUUGUAAAAUAAAAAAUCCAAACUUUUGCAUUUGUAUUAGUUAAUACUUAAUAUCAAUUGAAAUUUCAGA